CGACCCGGUCCCGCACUGUACGCACGAACCCGCGGACGAAACGUUUCGAAAAAAGGCGGUAACAAAUUCCAAUCGACCGCGCCGUCGUCCUAUCGCGGAUCGGCCCCGUUCGUUAUCAGCAUUAUUGUACGUUAUCGGUAAUCACGACGCGCGCUAUCGCAUACGUUGCUCGACGGAUGAAUAGGUAAACCGCGGAACAAUGCAACAUCGCAACAGUUCCGUCGCGCAGUUUUCGAUCGCCGUCGGUUUUCGGUUUCCUCCCGCUCCGGCGCCUCGAGGUUUGACGCAUAUCGUAACGCCGUCCACGUCGUUCGGCACGGACUCGUCGGAGCUCAGGUUUGGCGCGUGACGACGACACCACCACCACGGUCGGAAACGAUGUACAUAUAUCUUCAGUUGUGUGUUGCGUGUUCACAACAGUAUUAAUGUGAAUAUUUACUAUGAAGAUAAUAAAACCUGCAACGGGUUAUUUUCAACACACUACUUAAGACAUGUUAAACAUCUGAAAAAAGAAGUAUUAUUGUGUACAACUUAUUUAAUUAUAUUUUAUUGUCCAAUGGAUUGAUGCAAUGUACUAAGGUGAACGUAAAACAUAUAUUUUGAACAUAACAAAUGCUUUAUGUUAACUUAAAACAUUUGAAACACUGGGUUUUUAAGAUCGGGUCAGCGUUCUCACUUCACAGAUUCAAACAGCCUCAACUGAUAUUAAUGAACAAGUUAAUUGACGUAAAAAAUUGUGAACAUCAAGUUGUCUCUUUGGCUGUUAAAUUAAUUAAUGACGGUAGUGUUGUUGCACUUCCAACCGAUACUGUUUAUGGACUAGCAGCCGAUGCACAGAACCCAAGCGCUAUAGGCAAACUGUACAAUAUCAAGGGACGUAAUCUUCAAAAACCAAUUGCUAUAUGUACUCACCACGUAAAUGACAUUGGCAAUUGGGGUAAAACUGGUCAUUUACCUAUUGGUCUCUUACACGCACUGUUGCCAGGUCCAGUGACAGUCAUACUACAAAGAACACCAUCCUUGAAUAUCGUAUUGAACCCUGAGGAAUCCAAUAUUGCUAUUCGUGUACCAAACAGCGGUUUUGUAUGUAAUAUUGUGAGCAAUUUGAAGAAACCGAUUGCCCUUACCAGUGCCAACGAGAGUAACAAGCCCAGUACAUUGAGUCCAGUAGAAUUCGCAACGCUGUGGCCCAAAUUGGAUGCCAUUUUUGAUGGUGGUACAAUCGGCAGUUCAUUAGAAUCGCGGCAAGGUUCCACUAUUAUCGAUUUAACUAUUAAUAACCACUAUUGUAUAGUAAGAACAGGAUCUGCACUUCUUAGUACAGUACGUAUUCUAAACCAGUUCGGCUUAAAGGAAUUAAAAUGAAUAAAUUAUUGAGGAAAAUAAUCAAU